GCACCCAGGGCUGGCCGCUUGCCAGGACUCUGUCCUCGCCCGGGACCCCGCACGGAAGCGGUGCUGCCUGCUCCCCCUCAUGUGGUGGAUCCCACUUUGAGGAGCCUUUUUUAUACCCGCAUUUCCAUACUGCGAGAGGAACCAGGGGCUUGGCAGGGGAGGCAGCGGGAAGCAAUCCCUCCUGGCUCCAGUGAGCGGGAGGCUCUGCCCACCCCCAUCGGUCCCUGGCACGGAGGCCCAGGCUCGCCAGAUGCUCCGGGAAUCUGUGGCUGCUGAACUGUUCAGCUCCUGAUCUGAGCUGCGGCCCGGGGCCGACCGGGACCUGCCUCCUCGCGGGCGCAGGUGCCACAAUGAAUAGGUUGCGGAGAAGGCGCAGGGGAAGCAGCCACAGUUCAAGCAAGUCGGCAACACCAGGCAGGCCGCCUGCCAUGAAUCUGCACCCUGGGAAGAGCCGCGUCCUGACAGGCGCCGCCGCCCGCCCGCCCGCGCCCCCGCGCCUCGUCACCAUCAACGUGGGCGGCUGCCGCGUGCGCCUGGCCUGGGCCGCCCUGGCGCGCUGUCCGCUGGGCCGCCUCGCGCGCCUGCGCGCCUGCCGGGGCCGCGCCGAGCUGCUGCGCGUGUGCGACGACUACGACGCGGCCCGCGACGAGUUCUUCUUCGACCGCAGCGCCUGCGCCUUCCGCGCCAUCGUGGCGCUGCUGCGCGCCGGCACGCUGCGGCUGGGGCGCGGCCCGUGCGCGCUGGCCUUCCGCGACGAGCUGGCCUACUGGGGCGUGGACGAGGCGCGCCUCGAGCGCUGCUGCCGCCGCCGCCUGCGCCAGCGCGAGCAGGAGGCCGCGCGCGCGCGCGCGCGGGGACGCGCACGCCAGACCGCCCGGGGGCGCGCACGCCUGCAGGCCCGGGGGCGCGCACGCCAGACCGGCCCGGGGGCGCGCCUGAACGCCGGGCGCCUGCUCGACGUGGUGGACGACCCGCAUGCGGGCCCCGCCGGGAAGCUCUUCGCCUGCGUAUCCGUCGCCUUCGUGGCCGCCACAGCCGUUGGCCUCUGCCUGAGCACCAUGCCGGACAUGCGCGCCGAGGAGGAGCGGGGCGAGUGCUCCGCCAAGUGCCGCAGCCUGUUCGUGCUGGAGACGGUGUGCGUGGCGUGGUUCUCGCUGGAGCUCCUGCUGCGCUCGCUGCGGGCCGAGAGCACGUGCGCCUUCCUGCGGGCGCCGCUCAACGUCGUGGACGCGCUGGCGCUGCUGCCCUUCUACGCGUCGCUGCUGGCGGGGUCGGCGGCGGGCGCGGGCGCGGGCGCGCGGGCGCCGGGGCGCGCGGGGCUGGCGCUGCGGCUGCUGCGCGCGCUGUCGGUGCUGCGCCUGGCGCGCCACUCGCUGGGGCUGCGCUCGCUCGGGCUGACGGCGCGGCGCGCGGCGCGCGAGCUGGCGCAGCUGCUGCUCUUCCUGGGCGUGGGCGUGGCGCUCUUCGCGCCGCUCGUGCACCUGGCCGAGCGCGAGCUGGGCGCGCGCCGCGACUUCUCCAGCGUGCCGGCCAGCUACUGGUGGGCCGUCAUCUCCAUGACCACGGUGGGCUACGGCGACAUGGUGCCGCGCAGCCUGCCGGGCCAGGUGGUGGCGCUCAGCAGCAUCCUCAGCGGCAUCCUGCUCGUGGCCCUCCCGGUCACGUCCAUCUUCCACACCUUCUCGCGCUCCUACUCGGAGCUCAGGGAGCAGCAGCGCGAGGCCGCCGAGGGCCGCGCCGCACGGCCGGCCUGAGCGCGCGGGACCCCCACGCGCUUUCCUCCGCCCGCCGUGGCCCCCUUCCUUCUGCUCCCGCGGGACAGCCGGGCGCAGGACGGGGGCGGGGCGGCCCUCGAUGGGGCAGGUGGGAGGGCAUAGCGCGCCCCUUUGCACUGAUGCCGCCCCGGGGGAGGGGGCACCUCGCUGCUCCAGGGCUCAAGGACCAAGCCCGCUGUGCUGCUCGUAAUACCCACCAUGGGGGCGGCCCAGGACUGUGGACGCGGGCAGGGCAGAUGCGGGCUGUGGGCGGGAUUCCUGCUGGGGAUGGGCUCUGAGGCUGCCAAUAAAGUGCCACCUGCGCCAUGACCGCCCCCUCCUGUUGCCUCCAUCUGUGUGUGUGUGUGUGUUUGUGUCCCAGGGCUGUCCCUAUAGGCAGUGCUAUGGGGCAGGGGAGGGUCCACAGAGCCCCAUAGGCACGCCUGGCCCUGUCCACUCUCAUUUGGGAUCCUGGAGCACUUUUCCUUUUGUGCCACAUCUAGUGAUGCUCGGGGGUUACUCCUCGCAGUGCUCCUGGGAGCAUAUGGGCUGCUGGGGGUCAAACCCAGUGGGCCACAUGCAAGGCUCCAUGCCCCACCUGCUGCAGUUACUCUGGCCCUCCCCCAGCACACCUGGGCAGAGGGUUGCAGAGAGAACACAGCCCACAGCCCCACACUGCCUAUCAGCAGCGCCUUCCUCCCUGAGGUCCCCUCUCCCUGCUACUGAGGUGUGAGUACGUGGGAGGCACCCAGACAGCCCCUCAAGCAGACAGCUGUCCCGAAUGCCCUUGGUGCUGUGGUCACUGUGGGGCCUGGCCAGGACGAAGCCUGCU